AAUAAGCAAAAUUAGCGCCGUGAGUAUGUAACGUUGACGCUCGUCAAAGACACUCGGGACAACUUGUCCGAAUAUAGGAGAAAACGACUAUGGAGCAGAGGAAACGCGGCUCUCUGUCGCGCGAAGACGAUCGGCUUUCGAUGUCUGGCAAUGAAACGUUUGGAACGAUGCUGCGUUUAUCGCCGCGUGAAACGUUACACGAGCGACAGCGCAGCCAGAUAACCGGUUAUCUUUGCGCAACGCGAGAACGCGAGAACGUCCGGAUCGAGCCAUGCUCGUCAUUAUUUUCUCGAAUCGCCGAACAAAUCGCCUUCCAGUUGCAGCUCGGAUAGAUGUCGUUGAAACGCCGCCGGCGAUAAAAACUCCACCAAGGAAACUCGACUAGUCGCUUGUGCAGGAGAGUCACGUUGGCGGCUCGCAAUCGACGGUUCGUUAAAAAUUCUGCGAUCGUCGCUCGCAUCGACGCGCAGUUCGGCGACUUUUGAUAAUUUCAGCGAGCCGGCGGAGAUAGCCGAAGCGCAAGUUCCGCAGCUCGAGAGCGCUACUAAUCUAAGUCGACCAGUGUACGUAUGUUCGGUCUCGCUAUGCAUAUUUAUCGCGCGCGGGCUAUCAUAGUCACGGCGCGCUAGGCCGAGAAGAGCCAGACCACCGGCGGCUCGAGCACGCGGAUCCGCGCGCGCGUACGUGCCGCCACCCAUGACUGACCCGUCGCGCCCGAUAAGGACGUGACUCCGCCCCGCUGUCCGAGCGACCGCGAUCGACCCGCGCACCUGCCUAAAUCUCAGUCGCGUCCGGAACGAUGCCUAGGAUCUUCCUGCUGCUGCUGCUGCUGCUGCCGCUCCUCCUCGCCGGCACUCGUGCCCAUCGUCGUGAGUCGCGUUACGCUCCGCGAUCAGUUUCAGGCGCGGCCUCGGGCGACGACCGCGGCGAUGACCUGGCGAGCGUUUUUCUACGACUGUACAGCGGCUACGACGCCAGCCGGUUCGCCGACGCGCCGCUGCGCCAAGCCGGAGAUCUGCUGAGGUGGAUGAACGUCAGCAAGCCGACCGUCAUUUACGUGCACGGCUACACGGGCAGCAUCGACAGCAGAGACACGCGCGCCGUAGUCGCAGGUAAGCCGAGCGCGGCCGCGGCAGUCGAGCUGGCGCAUUGGACGAGAGCUGAGAGCGCGCGGUGCUUAGCGUACGCGGAGCGAGGGGACCACAACGUGAUAGCCACGGACUGGAGGCGACUGGCCGGGCAGAGCUAUCCGAGCGUGGCGGGCAGCGCCAGGCUGGUGGGCCGCGCUCUCGCCGGGGCCGUCGACGAGAUGGUCGGCAAGGGCCUGCCGCCGCGGACGAUACACGUGGUCGGACACUCGAUGGGCGCCCAGGUGGCCGGACAGCUCGGCCGCCACGCCAGCUUCCAGCUCAGCCGGAUCACGGGCCUGGACCCGGCGGGACCGCUGUUCAACCUGAUCCAGCCGCACCUCUCGCGCGACGACGCCCGGUUCGUGGACACCAUCCACACGGACGCGGGCCUGUACGGGAUCAAUCGGCCCUCCGGCGCCGCCAGUUUCUUUCCGAACGGGGGCAGACGCGUGCAGCCCGGCUGCCCGACCGCGUACGACCUCGGCAGCCCCGAAGAUUACUGCAGCCACCACCGCUCGUGGAUGUACUACGCCGAGAGCCUGCGGGACGAGGGCGCAUUCGUGGCCACCAACUGCACCUCCUACGGCGCCUACGCGCGCGGCAGCUGCGACGCCAACGCCAGAGCCCCGAUGGGGCUCGCCGCGCCGACGGGCCUGAGCGGCGUGUUCUACCUGAGGACGAGGCGCGAGGCGCCGUUCGGCAUGCGCGCGGAGGGCGCCACCUGCGGGGAUGCGGCGUCGCCGGGCGAAAGGACCUUCGACUUGCAUUGCGGCUGAUCGAGUUUAUUCCGCG